AUUUGUAACUUUUAUUGAUUCAGUCUCUUACUCACUCAUACUCUCUCUCUCUCUUACAUAUUCUAGCAUUUGUUCAUUCUCUCUCUCAAUAUAAUAUUCUCUCCUUCUCUCUCUUUAAGACACAAACUCUAUCAUCUAACACAUCUCUUAUUGAUUCCGUCUUUUCUCUCUCUCUCUCUAUCUAAUUUAAUUUCUCUCCCUAAAUAAGGGUUGUGUGGCAGAGAGGGCCAGGAGUCCUAACUUCGCCCUAAUAAAGGCACCAAAUCAAUCAAUCACUCUCUCUCACAUACUAAAAUUUUUCAAUAUAAUAUUCUCUCUCUCUCACACACACACAUACUAUCUCAGUUUUUUCAUUCUCUCACAAUAUAAUACGGUCUCUCUCUUUCAGACAGAAACUCUCUCAUCUAACCUCUCUCUAAAACACUAUCUCAAUUUUUUAUUCUCUCUUAAUAUAAUAUUCUCUCUUUCUCACUCCUACACACAAACUCUCUCAUCUACAUAAAUAAAGUACUCAAUCAAUCAAUCUACCUCUCUCUCUCUCUCUCUCUCUCUCACACAUACUAUCUAUAUUUUUUCAUUCUCUCUGAAUAAAAUAUUCUCUCUCUCUUUCUCUUCAAGACAAAAAACUCUCUCAUCUACCGUCUCUCUCUCACACAUACUACCUCAAUUUUUCAUUCUGUCUCAAUACAAUAUUCUCUCUCUCACUCCUACACAUAAACUCUCUCAUCUAACCUGUCUCUCUCUCACACGCACCAAUAGUUUUAGGGGACAAUCCACUGUCAGUUGCGGUAUAACUCAGUCUAGUCUAACCACCUAACAUGAUUCCUCCUCCUCCUCCUCUUCUUCUUCCUUCUCCCUCUUUACCAUCACCCCACCCCCCGUCCACCUACUCCUCCUCCUCCUCCCACAACAAGAUCUGCAUCAUCAAACCGGCACAACUUCUCCAAUCGGCCAGUUUGAGUUUGGGUUAGUCUGAGUUCAAAUCUGCUGGCACUAGCAUCAACUUUAACUCAACAUUAAACCGCCGUUAAACUAAUCUCGCCGGACGUUGGUCCGUCAGUUAGGGCCUUCACACGUGCAGUCAACAUUUUCACACAACAGUCAACAUUUUCUACCACACACAAUCAAAUAGGACACUUCACACACACAGAAUCUUGCUAAUCAACUACUGCAGAAAUAAAUUCAAAAGUUUCCUUGUUUUAGAAAAUAUUCUACAAAAGUUUUAGACAACAAAGUUUGGUAGAACUUCAAACACACCAGAAUGCAGCUAAAGACUACUAUAGGUAUCCUAAUCUACAUAGGCCUUUCAAGCAGUGGCCAGGUGAGAAGUCUGCCACAGAGAAAUGUGGACCAGAAGCCACCAGUGGCACAGACUGAGAAAGAAGACCAAGUGAGACCCGGCGAGGGAGAAGCCAAAUUCGACAUUUUCGACUGGCAUUUGUCAAAGAUCACAGGCCUAACCAACACCGAAGUUGAGAACGUAGUGACGUCACCGAUUAGUCUGAAACUAGUGUUGGCAACCCUGUUCGAUGGUGCCAACUCAACAACUGCUGAGGAAAUAGCACGUGCCAUGGGAUUCGACAAGGAUAACCGAGAGUUGCUCAGAAAGAACUACAACAAAGUCCUCAAAUCACUCAGGACCUCCUCACCGCACCUAAUCUCGGACGUAGAGACGCGUAUCUUUGCCCACCACACGGCCGCACUCAAGAAGCCAUUCCUCGACGUACUCAAGACCAACUACGGCACAGACAUCCAGAAGGUGGACUUCAGUCAGGUCUCAAAAGCCAUCAAAGUUAUGAACGACUGGGCAGAGGGAGUCACGCAUGGACACAUCAAGGAUCUCAUCUCCGAAGGUGACACAGACAAGAACGCAGUAAUGCUUCUGCUGAAUGUAAUCUUCUUCAACGGUCUGUGGAAAUUGCCGUUCGCCGAAAACGAGACGAAAAUCGAGCCGUUCUACCUGAACGACAGGCAAUACGUUAACGCGGCCAUGAUGAAGGCCCAACACUCCCUCGACUAUGUCGAGUCAUUCGACUUCAACAUUCAGAUUGUGCGCCUGCCUUACAGGGACGGCACAUUCGCAAUGUACAUAAUUUUGCCGAGGAGUCGGUCAGGCAUCAACGAUCUGAUCGCCAACACGACUCCCGAACGCGUACACACACUCAUGCGCGGCAUGACUCCUACUAACGUCGAACUGUCCAUUCCAAAGUUCGAUUUCUCCUACUCGGUCGGACUCAAACCCGUACUCAGAUCGCUUGGAAUCGAGCAAAUGUUCUCAACAGCCGCUGACUUCUCCAAUAUGGAGGAGAACAACAGUCUGUAUGUUUCCAAUGUGAUUCAGAAGGCUGGCAUUGAAAUCAACGAGAAGGGCAGUACUGCCUAUGCUUCAACAGUGGUAGAAAUCCACAACAAAUACGGCGGCAGCGAAGAGGAUAAGGUGCGUUUCACUGCCAACCGUCCGUUCCUCUUCUUCAUUGAGGAGGACAAAACACGCACCGUGCUAUUCGUCGGCAAAAUGACCAAUCCCAGCUCAGACACGCCCCCCGCACCCGCUCUGCCGCCCUCCUUCGAAGUGAACCAGCAAACACCGCUGUUUCUACAAGGCAGUCUCCCUUCAGACCUCAACCGAAAUAUCUACCCAAGCGAAAUUGAACGUAUGUCGUUCUUCGAUGCAGAAAUACUGGAUGAGGUCUGCGACAAAACCGAGGGCAACGUUGUAAUAUCACCGGCCAGCAUCAAGUCAGUCAUGGGUCUUCUACUUAACGGAGCCACUGGCAAAUCGGCCGCGGAAAUACAACAAACCCUGAGACUGCCCGAGAAUCAGGAUUCGGCCAAGGAGCAGAUACAGUACGUUCACAACACAUUGAAGAACGCCUCCUCGCCAGGCGUCACCCUGAAAUCGGCCAACGCGCUGUUCGUGGCCAAAGAUCUGCGUCUGGCAGACGGCUACCGGCAAACGGCCAUGUCCGAGUACCAGGCGCAUGCGCACUCGGUCGACUUCCGCUAUCCGCAGACGGCCGUGCGCACCAUCAACAACUGGGUCAACCAGACUACCAACGGCGCCAUACCCGCCAUCGUUAAAGCCGGUAUGCUGAAACCAGAAAGCAGCCUUGUGAUAGUGAACGCCAUCUACUUCAAAGCCAACUGGCUGACUCGGUUCGAGGCGAGCGAAACGAGUGUGCGCCCCUUCCACAAGACAGCCAACCAGAUAAUGUACACUCCCAUGAUGCACACCACCAACUUCCUCAAGCACAGCUAUGUGCCCGCCCUUCAGGCCCAAGUGGUGCAGAUUCCCUACCAGGACAACAAGCACCACAUGGUAAUAGUUCUGCCGAAGAAGAAGGACGGCAUCCACGAGGUAUCUAGGGACCUGAAACACAACACCCUACUCAAGGUGCUUCCUCAACAGCAACCGUCUGAGGUCAUCCUGCAACUGCCUCGGUUCACCAUCGAAUUCGACACUGAUAUUGUGCCAGCCUUGCAAGAUCUGAAAACAAGGGAGAUAUUCAGCGAUAAAGCUCAUCUACAGAACAUCGCUGAGGGCAACAAAAAGCUGAAAGUGGACUCCAUUGUGCAUAAAGCCCGUAUUGAGGUCAAUGAGAAGGGAACCUAUGCCGCGGCUGUAACCGAAGCCGGUCUAGUCCCACUCUCCACCCCGCAACAGGUGACCUUCACCGCCGAUCACCCCUUCCUCUUCUUCAUCUACAACAGUCAGACGGGCGUCUUUCUGUUCGAAGGCCGCGUGAGUCAUCCCGAAGAAUCCACGCAAGCGCAGUACGAGCAAUCGCUCAAAAAAGCUGACAACAAGAACACAGUCAUCGACCGAACUAAACCGACUCAACAGUUCGACAUCAGACCACCACAGAACAACCAGUUUCCAACUAACCAAAACCAGUUUCCCACAACUAAUCCUAAUCCAACACAGUUCCCGCCCGCCAGGCUACCUGCAACCAAUCAGAGCCCAGCCAGGCUUCCGACCAAUCAGAACGUGCCAAACGUCCUCCAAUCAGAACCCGGCACCCAACAGCCUUCCAUAGUUGUCACGCAACGAUCAACCUCCAACAACCCAACUGUCAACAGUUUCAACCACCAGCUCACGCCGCAGAAGAACGUGGUUGUAACACAGCAGUCUAGCAACGGACUGCCGCAGACCACAAACUUCCAGACCACCAAGAAAGAGUCCCACGUCUACACUCAACCAGGCCACAUUCCGGGCACUUCACAGCAGAUAUUCUACUCCUCCUCCUCCUCCUCAGCGAGCAGCAGUCACGUGAGCACCUCGUCCGAGUCGAAAAACACGCACACGUCUUCGUUCAGCUUCACCCGCUUCCCUAACGGCGUCAACGGCCCCUAUCAGACAACUGACGGCUCCGAUAUGCACGCGAUACGCUUUCAGCUUUAGAAUAGAGUCGCUCAAAAUUUAGAUUUAGGAUUGAGUUUCAGAUUUAGAAUAGAGGAGCUCCAAAUUUAGACUCAGAAUUGAGUUUAAGAUUUAGAAUAGAGUAGCUCAAAAUUCAGGGAAGAGUGUAUUUUCCUACAUAACUCGAUUGAGGGAGAUUCAGAUUUUCAGAAUUGAGUUCCAGAUUUAGAAUAGAUUACUUGAUAAUUCAGGAGUAUGAGUGGAAAAAUGAUUUCAGAUUUAGAAUAGAGACCUCGAAUGAAACCGUGGGUUAGCGAUACAAUUUUAUAUUUAUUAGAAUAGAUUUGUUCAAAAUUGAGGGUUAUGAGUGGAAAAAUGUAUUAAUCAGAAUCAGAUAAAUCAGAUUUUCAGAAUUGAGUUUCAGAUUUGGAAUAGAGAACUCAAAUGGAAACGUGUAUUAGCGAUACAAUUUUAUAUUUAGAAUACAUUUGUUCAAAAUUUGAGUGGAAAAUGUAUUAAUCAUUUUUAAUUAUCAUUACAACCUACAUUCAGCUUUAAUAUUUGCUCAGAAUCAAUGAUUCAUUUGUGGAAAUGUAAGAGAGAUUAUGUAAGGCAAUAGCUGUCUAAAAUAUCAGCCUACAAUAAAGAGAUAUUGGACAAAAGUGGAUUCAAUAAAAUCUUUUCAUAGAAAUA